CACGAAAACAUUUCUACUUGUACAAUCCAUUCAAAAGACCAAACCAGACCAGACCAGACCAGACCAGACCAGCCCAUCUCCCCCCGAGCAAAUCUCCUCCAGUGUCAAGAAUGCACGACCCAUUCCCCUCUCCCCCACCAAGUCUGGUCAAAUCCACCCUUCCCUGGAGCUCCGCCCUAAACCUCACCACCCUCCCCCUCCACAUCCACGAGAUCCUCUUCGCAUGGACAACCUACCACCUGAUCUUCCAAUUUUUCUCCCCCUUCUUGUCCUCUUGUCUGUCUCCCAAUACAUACACCCGUCUCCCACGGCGCACGAGGAUCAAGUGGGAUGCGUGUUUCACUUCUUUUGUCCAAUCCUGUUUUAUUGUUACCUUUUCGCUUUUCGUGAUUUGGAAGGAUGAGGAGAGGAUGCAGGGCGGCUGGAUGGAGAGGAUUCAUGGGUAUACGGGUGCCGAAGGCGCCGUGCAGGCUUGUGUUGAGGGGUACUUUUUGUGGGAUUUGGUUGUUAGUGUGUUGCAUUUCGACUUGUUGGGCAUUGGGAGUUUGAUGCAUGCUAUGAGUGCUUUGAUGAUUACUACGUUGGGAUUUGUAAGUAUUCCUAUUUCGCUCUCUGAUUUCUGAGCUCUGAUGGGGCAAAUACUGAUUUGGAGCUGAGAAUCUUGAGAAAGGAUCUCUGAUCUUGACUUGCUGCAAUUAUGAAUGAUCUCAUAAAAGAUUGCUAACAAUUCCUUGUUAUUCAUUAAAGCGUCCAUUUGCGAUUUAUUACGGAAUGAACUUUAUCCUCUACGAACUCUCCACGCCUUUUCUCAACAUCCACUGGUUUUGCGAUAAAUUAAAUCUAACUGGUUCCAACUUUCAACUCUACAACGGGCUUAUCCUUCUCACCACCUUCUUCUGUAGUCGGAUCAUCUGGGGAAAUUACCAAUCAUUCAACAUUUACCGCGACGUCUGGGCAGCGGUCACUGAUGAAAAAUCCGAGGUGAACUUACCGAUUUGGUUAGCACUCAUCUACUGUGGGUGUAAUACCGUUCUGAGUAUGUUGAAUAUCUACUGGUUUGGUAAAAUGGUCCAAGCCGUGGCAAAACGAUUUAGUCCAGCUGGAUCCAAAGUGAAGAGCGAGAAAUUCCUCAAAGAAAAGGAAAAAGGAGGCCACUUUGAGUGAGAAGCUAUGCUGGGGGAUAGAUUACAGGAGAUUGGCAAUGCUGCAACUUCAUUUGUGUUAGAUGUACAGAAAGACGAGAGUACUUAGACUUUGCGUCCUAUUAGAAUAAGGACCCAAACCAAUCGAAAUACUAUUAAUAUGUCCUCGGUGUUGAGAGUAUGGUAUAUUGUCGGUUGGGACCUUUGGAAUCAAGUGGUUGUAUAUACUUAAACACAUAUUCGAGACGGGAAUAAGAAGCACAAAGUCGGCAUGAGGUGCUCAGGAGACGCUUUUAUAGUAUCUCAUUUCAUGAAGAGAGCUGGUC